AUGCCCAGCAGCAACAACACCGAUUCCCCCGAGCCCGACCCACUGCUGGGCUCUGUGCUGCUGAAAGAGCCUGGCACCAACGCCAGCGUGCACCGGGGACCUGCGGUGCCAACCACAGCCAAUCUGCAGGAUGAGACCGACUCCCCUGAGCCCGACCUGCUGCUGAGCUCCGUGCCACCACCAGCGCCCAACACCACCGCCAGCCUGCACCGGGCUCUCGCGGUGCCGACCACAGCCGAUCCCCUGGAUGAGACCGAUUCCCCCGAGCCCGACCUGCUGCUGAGCUCUGUGCCACCACCAGCACCCGGCACCACCGCCAGCCUGCACCGGGCUCUCGUGGUGCCGACCACAGCCGAUCCCCUGGAUGAGACCGAUUCCCCCGAGCCCGACCUGCUGCUGGGCUCUGUGCCGCCAGCGGAGCCCAGCACCCAGGCAGCACCCCGAAAGAGCAACACCACCAUCCCCAGCUGGCUCACAUCACCCACCGAGGAGGCGACCGUGGCCGGCAGCACGGACAGCCGCUCCUCUGUGGGGCCACGCUCGGCCACCCCCCCAGCCCUCGGCCCCACCACCACGGGUUACAAGAAAGUCAAGAAAGCCGGAGCCCCCCCUGCGCCGACUCGUUCGGCCCCUUGGGACACAAAGCCGGGGGGCACCGCGGUGCCGGUCCCCUGGGACCCCAGCAGGGUGAUGGGCAAGUGCCUGCUGGCCAUCCUGCUGCUGGCGCUGGUGGCCGCCACCUUCAUGGUGUGCACGGGGGUGCUGGGCGCCCUGCUCUGGCGACGGGCGCGGACGGCACGCCGCCGGCUCAGCCGCACCGAGAUGGUCUGCAUCUCCUCCCUGCUGCCCGACGGCGAGGUGGCCGCCAACGGUCCCAAGCCCGGCCCGGCCCGGCGGCCAAAGCUGCUGCUCGAUGGCAGUUCCGAAGCCGACGGUGACAACCUGACUCUCAGCAGCUUCCUGCCGGAGCACUCCUGA